CCCACACCUGGUUUCAUGAAGUCACAGAGUGAAUGUCCGGUGAUUUAUUUUGUUGUUACACAGAGAGCGGCAUAAAGCGCGACUCAAACAAAAGACCCGCUGGGUCCUAGUGCAGGAUGAGUUUGACUAGGAUAAAAUAACAAACACAUCAAAUUGGUUCAUUUUUCACAUGCAUUUAAUUAUUUGGAAAUAAAGCGCUAGUGAGUACUACAAACUACGGUUAACCUGUUGACAGGUAGUCUAAAAGCAACGCUGGCAUGGGCCAGUCAUCUGCUGUCACUCAUCAGAAACAACAACCCUAGGCUGCUUGAGAAGGAUUUGUACAGUUUGCUAACAACAGAAUCGACCAUGUAGACAGCUGCGACUGCAUCAGAAUUCAGGAUAGUGUGGAUACAUCAUUGGGGAAGCAGCACCUGGCUGUAAUACUGAAGGGUACAGCAAGUAUUGGAGAACCCGCAGUGACACCAUGACCCUCAUGAAAGAAGAUAUGCACAUAUAUGGCCAUUGCCCAGCUCGAGAUGAGAUAUUCCUGGUGGUGUGCAGCCACUGUGGGCAGGUGGUGAAACCUCAGGCCUUUGAGGGGCACUGCGAGAGGCGGCACAGUCCUCUCCCUAAGAUGUGUGGCCGUUCAUCUUCUUUGCCCGCUAGGCAGACACCUCACCCUGGUCGCCCUUCAUUGAAUCUUUCCAUCUCUAAAGAAGAGCCUAACGAUGUCAGAAGUCAUGAAGAUAGUGCCGCUUCCUCAGCAGCAUUACCUGUCCACCAGCACAGGUCUAUCAAAGACACAGUGAGUUUUCCUUCCAUCAAGAAGUUACCCCAAGAAGCCCCUCGUCCCCUCCCACUCCAGUCCUCCUCCAUGCCUCAACCCAGGGUUCCCUCCUGGCACUCAGGACCUCUGCCCCCUGGCAACUGUUCCUCCUCCACAUCUCCGCCAGAGAGACCCUCUGAGCAGAAGCCCACUGCUGGGCAGUCUCAGAGUCCUCUGUGGGAAACAAGAACGUACUGCCAAAUCAACAAAAACAUCGAUGAGAAAGAAUGUGACCUGAAAAAACACUGCAGAGAUCUGGGUCCAAAAAGGAAGAAGCUGUGCAGACGGGAGCUUCUAUGCAAUUCUGAUUCCAUGCAACAGCAGCAGAAAGCACUAGGAAGGACCGGGACCUUUAAUCAGCUGGUGGUGGAGCCAAGAACAGCAUCAGUCUCAGCAGGCCAAAAUAUGGAGCAGCUUCCAGCAAAAUCAAAUGAAAACCCACAACAUUUGGAAACUUUGGAAGAUAUACAAAGAACUCAGGGCAGUAAAUACAACUUCAACAGCAGCUGCCACGUUUUCGGCAGGUCCAGGGGUCCAUGGGAAAGCUUUGCAGAGAAAGAAGGUGACAGCACGAUGAAAGUGGAUGUGCACCCCCCCUAUCCUUUCAACCAAACUCUUCUCUCCAGUGAUGAUGAUGAUGAUGAAGAUGCCAAGCGGGAGGAAUCCACAGACCUGCCAGCAACACCCUGGCACCCCAAACCUCUAGGGCUUUGCACGUUUGGAUGCCACACGUUGGGAUGCAGCAUCUUCACCUUUGACAGGCGAUGGCACCACCUACGGUUUGCCCUCAGCUCCAUGCUGGAUCACCAUGUCGGCUCACAUUUGUGGAACUCUCACAGGAAAAUGCCUCGAGUACCAAAAGGUCUCAGGUCACGGGAUCCAAUUGUAGGAUCACCUGUCAGAACUGGGGUCAGGCUCCCCAAAUCGUUUCGCACCCUCAGCCUCGAUUCUACCUCGCUGGGACAACUCAGACAGAACUGCAACACUCACAGCACCAAACCGCCUUCCUCUACUGCCCCUGAGAGUCUUAGUCCUGAAGGCUGCCAAAGGAACGUUGUUGGGCUAUGCAGCAGCGCUCAGUCGAGGGAGGCCGAGCUAAUUCCAGAUGAAAGCAGUGAGGACAAAUCCUCCAGAUACAUCAGGGAUCUCCUCCUUAAUGAGAAGGGCCAGCCACACACCCCCUCCUCUCAAGGACCAGUUAACGGUUUGUUCUCAUACGGACAGAAGCCAUGUCCUCCUCUCCAACUCUUCCCCCUGAGCAGAGGGAGGUCCCCAAAGAUUCAGCAGAAGGUAAUGGACUGUGACCGCACUGGUCCUGCCCAAAGGCGAAAAGGAAGAAAUAAGUCGAUGCUCCUCAGUUCAGUAUCAACAACCUCAACAUGUAAACCCUUCUCCUCCCCUCCCCACUCCAGCCUCUAGCCCGGGAAGGGAGAGAAUAAUGGGCAUGUGCUUCAAGGUUGAGGGGAAAAGAUCAGAGUCAGCAAGCUACAGCAAACAAUAGGUGGCAUACGAUCAAUGUUUUAUGAUUGUGCUGGUCUGUCCCUUAAAGAGAAAUGAAAGGUUCUGAGCACAUUCUUGAUCUCCACUUGAUUGUUUGUCUUUGUUUUUUUAACAGCAGUGAAUGAAUGCCAGUUGUUGUUUGCUUCUCAUCUUCACAGCCAAUUAAAAGGCCCGCUUUAAAAAGACAUAUUGGAGAAAAGGCUUUGUGCACACUGCAGCUGUUGACAGCCAUGUGUGACUGUGAACGGAAAUAAAUAUUUUUCUGCUA